AUGCAGAGAUGCAGGAAGACGAGCAGAUGCUGGAAGCCCUGGAGAUGCUGGAAGACCUGUAGGUGUAGGAAGACAUGGAUUUUUCUGGAAGACAUAGAUUUUCUGGAAGACACAGAGUUUCUGGAAGAUGUGGAUUUUCUGGAAGAUGUAGAUUUUCUGGAAGACGUGGCUUUGCUGGAAGACAUGGAUUUUUUGUGGAUUUUGCUGGAAGACAUGGCUUUUCUGGAAGACGUGGCUUUGCUGGAAGACAUGGAUUCUGCUGGAAGACAUGGAACGUGGAUUUUUCUGGAAGACGUGGAUUUUCUGGAAGUUGUGGAUUUUCUGGAAGACGUGGCUUUGCUGGAAGACAUGAAUUUUCUGGAAGACAUGCAUUUCCUGGAAGACAUGGAUUUUCUGGAAGACAUGGCUUUGUUGGAAGACGUGGAUUUCCUGGAAGCUAAGGAUUUAGAGGAAGACACAGAUUUCCUGGAAGCUAAGGAUUUAAUGGAAGAGGGAUUUCCUGGAAGGCAUAGAUUUGCUGGAAGACAUGGAUUCUCAGGAAGACCUGAAUUGUCCGGAAGACGUGGAUUUGCUGGAAGACUGGGAUAUUGCAGGAAGACAUAG